AUGGAUGAAUUAAUCGAAUUAAAACUUAAAGAAUGGGGAUUUGAACAGUUUGUUGAACGUUUUAACGAACAAGAAAUUGAUUCAACAGAUUUUCUCACUUUAACUGAGCUCAUGGUUACCAAAUUAUUACAAAAAUCAACACUGCAGGGUCAACAGCCGACAUUUAUUGAUAUUCUGGGGCAACUGAAUGAGAAACAUAAUAAGGUGCCUAAACCAGUCUGGUGUAAAGAAUUUUGCUACUUUUAUUUAGCUCUUCUGUUGAAAUCCUCAAGUAAACGCCCUGAACCGGAAAAAAGAUUAGGGCAAACCGUUAUACAAGAACUAGUUGAUGCCAAGGUGGAACCAGAACAGUUUUUUGAUCGCCUAGAGUCAUAUGGUAUUGGAUAUCAUUCCCAGCGCACUGCUUACUGUCUCUUAAAGAAUUGUAUUGAACCCUUGAGGCGAUCACUUAUGUUAAAUGAAAUGAAGAUUGAUGGAAUUCAACCACCACCAUCAUGUACACCUGUACAAGAGUCCAUAAAUAUUCCGAUUGAAUCUUGCAAUAAUAAUCCCGCCGAAACCACCCGCGUAGUUGGUUCUACGGAAGCGCCGACAACAUAUUACCGCGUUCGAUGGAUAUGGGUGAACAAUGUUUCCAUUGCUGGUACACCAACUACAACACCAACCCAAACGAUAGCUCAACCUCAACAGGCGCAUCAAAAAAUUCAACAAGACAAUACUAAAGAAAAAUGCCUCAAAUUUUUAGCCAAUUUACUUGAAUUUUCAAGUAAAGAACCUAAACCUGUAGAAAGAAGUGUGCGAACCUUUAUACAAGAACUGGUUGAUGCCAAGGUGGAACCAGAACAGUUUUGUGAUCGACUAGAGAAACUUCUAAAUGCUUCACCACAACCGCGCCUUAUUGGUUUCCUCAAGAAAUAUAUUGAACCCUUGAGGCGAUCACUUAUGUUAAAUGAAAUAAAGAUUGAUGGAAUUCGACCACCACCAUCAUGUACACCUGUACAAGAGUCCAUAAAUAUUCCAAUUGAAUCUUGCAAUAAUAAUCCCGCCGAAACCACCCGCGUAGUUGGUUCUACGGAAGCCGACAACAUAUUACCGCGUUCGAUGGAUAUGGGUGGUAAGAACGAUGAUGUAGCGGUGAAUGAAAAAAAACCCGACCAACAUCGUAAGCGACCGUCGAUCCCCGUGAGUAUCAAGUUAUCGGACGAUUCGCACAACGUUGCUACCACGUCAUCGACAGCAGACCGGAAUUCCAGCAUGACUCUCUCUGAUAACAGUUCGUCGCAAUCGAAACGCCAAAGGAGUUCAUCGAGCUCUUCAUCGUUCAAACACGAAUAUGAUGAUGUAAGUCUCGAUUGUACAACACAUCCAGUGUCGAGUGAUUCAACAAGUUAUAGAAGAACGGACGACGAUGAAGAAGACGACGACGAUGAAGAAGAUGACGACGAUGAAGAAGACGACGAAAAUAACCAACUGUCAAACACCACCCAGGCAUCGAUAAGGGAAACUUUAAAACUUGGUCAAUGGAAACCAUAG